AUGGGAAAUUGCUCUAGGCGAUUUGCAAUCUUCUUCGUCAAUGUUUUGGGAGCGUGUGCUGCACUGGGAGGGAGUGAUUUUGGGAGAGAAUCAAAGGCUGAGAUAAGCUGGGAAGUGGCACAUGGUGGAUCUGUUGAGUUUAUGCAGAAGAGAUUUUUGUUCUGCAUGAGAAGCAGAACAAAAUCUGAGAAUUUAUUGUUUGAUUCUGAGAUCGAGAGGACUGCCCGUAGAAAUAAUAGUAGGCGUCGAAGAGAAAACCGAAAAAAAGAAGCUAGAGAAGCUAGCUUAUCUGCUACUUCAAACACUCUUUCUUCAUUUGAUCAAGAGGACAAAGGAAUAGAGGGAAAUAGGGACAAUGAACAAAGGGAUAGGCGUACGUUGGAAGAUUUUGCGUCAGUUUCUGUACCUGCAUCUUUCAACAGUAUAGCCAAACCUGUGGUGAUUGCAACUAAUAUGGAAAUGAGGCCAUCAUUAAUUCACCUUGUUCAAAGUAACCCAUUUUCAGGAUUGUCACACGAAAAUCCCUAUGAUCAUCUAACAACUUUUAAUCAAUAUUGCAAUACUGUGAAGAUGUUGAAUGUGUCGGAUGAAGCAAUCAGACUUAGUCUCUUUCCCUUCUCUCUGGUUGGAGAGGCAAAUAAAUGGUUAAAUUCAUUUCCAGAGGAAAGUCUGACAGAUUGGGAUGACGUGGUGGAAAAAUUUUUACACAAAUAUUUCCCCCAAUCGAAGAUAAAUAAAGGCAAGCAGGAGAUAUCAUCUUUCCAACAGGAACCUGAAGAGACUUUGGGCACGACAUGGGAUAGGUUCAAGGGGUUGCUUAGGAAGACUCCCAUUCAUGGGUUUGACGUUCCCACUCAAUUAAACCUCUUUUUGGGAGGAGGGAACAUUAGGUUGAAAACACCUGAUGAAGCUCAUAGGAUUAUUGAAAAUAUGACAUCUAGUGACAAUGACAUUAGAAGUGAGAGAGGGCAAAACCAGAAGAGGGGAAUGUUUGAGUUGCAAUCCCAAGAUGCCUUACUAGCCCAAAACAAAAUUAUUACUCAACAACUAGAGUCUUUGAUGAAAAAGGUUUCACAAAUACAACCCCAAAAUGUAUCACAAGCACAACAUACUGUGCAAGGUUGUGAACUGUGUGGUGGAGAGCACCAAAAUGGAGAGUGUGCUAUUCUAACCAAUGCAAAGGAAGAGGUAAAUUAUAUGGGAAAUCAAGGCCGUCAAGGAAAUUAUGGAAAUUAUAAUCAAGGAUGGAGACCUCAUCCUAGCGUGGGUCAGGCUAGUUCCAGUAGACCACCACCUCCACAGUUUCAUCAACAACCCACUGAUAGGGUCUCAAAACUGGAAGAAACUCUUCAACUGUUUAUGCAGAUGACCUUAUCAAAUCAAAAGAGCACAGAUGCUUCUAUAAAGAAUUUAGAAUUUCAAAUGGGUCAAAUUGCCAAGAAAUUAGAAGAUAAGCCUGUGAAUACGUUUGGAGCUAACACUGAACCAAAUCCAAAAGAGCAUUGCAAAGCUAUCACUACAAAGAGCGGUAAAGUUUUAGAAAGUACUUUUUCAAGAAAGGAUAAGGAAAGUCAAUUUUCAAGAUUUAUGGCUCUCUUCAANAANCUGGAAAUCACAAUUCCCUUUUCAGAAGCACUUCAACAGAUGCCCUCAUAUGCUAGAUUCAUGAAAGAUUUGUUGACCAAAAAAAGGAAGUAUAUUGAGGAAGAAACAAUUGAGGUGCAAGGGAAUUGUAGUGCCAUCAUCCAAAAACUUCUACCACCUAAAUUCAAAGACCCUGGAAGUUUUACUAUUCCAUGUACAAUUGGAAAGCUCCCCAUUGGAAAAGCGUUGAUAGACUUAGGGGCAAGCAUUAAUUUAAUGCCCUUGUCUAUGUUAAAGAAGAUAGGGGACAUGGAAGUAAAACCAAUAAGGAUGACUCUACAACUAGCAGAUAGGUCUGUAAAGUACCCAUUUGGAGUUAUUGAAGAUGUCUUGGUGAAAGUUGACAAGUUCACUUUUCCAGUGGAUUUUAUUAUUCUUGACAUGGAGGAGGAUACUGAAGUCCCCCUCAUAUUGGGUAGACCAUUUAUGAAAACUGCUAGAGUUAUCAUUGAUGUUGAUGACGGUCAUCUAAAGGUGAGAUUGCAUUAUGAGACUGUAACUUUCAAUAUUGUGGAAGCAAUGCAGCACCCUAGGGAUAGAGGAAAUUGUUUUAGGGUGGAAGUUUUGGUUGAUGUGGUAGAGAACGUUAGAAGCCAGAUGUAUGUGAAAUCUCCCUUAGAGCGUGUGUUGGUUGAUGCAUGCGAAUAA